AUGUCUGUUCUUCACGACGAGGUUGAAAUCGAAGACAUGGAGUACGAUGAAGAGGAAGAACUUUACACCUAUCCCUGUCCCUGUGGCGAUCGGUUUGAAAUAACCAAAGCUGACUUGGAGAUGGGUGAGGACAUUGCGCGUUGCCCAAGUUGUUCCCUUAUCAUCCGAGUUAUCUACGACCUUGUAAAUUUCUGUAUAAAAUUAUCUUCAAUAAAUCAUGGAAAAAUUAAGUGUUUAGACUUUUUUCUGUAA